AUGAAAAAUUAUAUACUUCGAAAUACUAAUAAAUGUAUUUCAAGGCUUUCUGGGGGUGUAGAAAAAGCGUAUAUCAACUCACUAAUUAGUGAUAUUCGAGGGAAAUUUUUAUUUAGUAGAGCAAUAUAUACAAACAAUGGAACAUGCGAAGAUGAACGAGGGGAAAAACUGUGCGAAGAUUUUAUAGAUGAUCAUAGAAACUUAUGUACAGAAAUAAAAACUAAUGUAGAACAAGAUGAAAUAUAUAGAGAAAAACAGAAUGAGUUUACUAAAAUAUUUGAUGAAAACAAAUUUGAAAAAGAAGAUUAUAGCACAGUUAAAAUUGUAAAUAAAAACAAUACGGAUACUAGUGAAUUUUUGUUAAAUAAUGAAAAUUACUUAAAUUUUAUAAACAAAUACAACAAUAACAGUAAUGUUAAUAAUAAUAAUAGUAAAACUAAGGGUAGCCGAUUUAGUAAAAACAAUUUACAAAUUGAAGAUACAGAAAAAAGUCUAUGGGAAAUUUUAAAAGAAAAAGAAGAGUACUUAAAAAAUAAAAAAAAAUUAAAACUAUAUAAAAAAGAACUUGACAACAAAGCAAAUAAAGAAUAUGAAAAAAUUAUAAAAGAGGAAAAAUAUAUUAAUCAAAAAAUUAAUGAUACACACAACUUUAGAACAAGUGAUAAUAAAAAAAAAGAAGAGAUAAAUAAUAUAGAAAAAAAACAUAAAAAAAAAAUAUUAGAAAAAAAUAAUAUAUAUAAUGAUAUUGAUACAUUUUUAGAAGGUGAACAAAAAUAUAUUAAUGAUAUAAAAUCUUAUGAAGAAAUAUAUGACGAAAAUUCUAAAAAAAUUAAUAAAAAAUCAGUGGACGAAUAUAAAGAAGAAAAAAAGAAUGAUGAUAAUGAUUUUUGCUUAAAUAAUAUAAUUAGCGAAGAUGUGAAAAGACAUGUGAGAAAUUAUAGUAUUAAUGAACAUAGUAACAAAAACAAACAAAUAGGAAGUAAUAUAUUAAUUAAUGAUUUGAAUGUACAAAAUAAAAACAGACAUGAAAUAUUAAAUGAUAACUUAUUAAAUGAUCAAUUAUUUGUAGAGGAGCUAAAUGAUAUAUCUGCAAAAAAAUGCAUAGAAAAAAUUAUCAUAAAAAAAGAAAACAAACUAAUUGAAAAUAGUGAGCAAAAUUUAGUAGAAAUAAAUGCAGCAGAAAUAAUAAAAAAAAUGGGGGGAGAAAAUUUAAGUACCAUUGUUGAUGGAAAUAUAGAUAACUUAAUAAUACAAAAGGAAAUAAAAAAAGAAAAAAAUAUAACAGGACUAAUAAGUGUUAUAUAUAAUAAUUUAGAUAAUUGUGAUAAUAUAAAUUUAAGUAGUGGGAUAAUUAAAAUGUCUAAAAUGAUAGAUUCAUAUCAAAAACAAAGUAUAAUGAGAAAUCCUAUGUAUUUAAGUAUAAUAAAAAAAGUAGAAGAAAAUAUAAGUACUUUUGAAUUACCCAGUUUAGUACAAACUUUUUAUGCUUUUGUUAAAAUCGAUCAUCUCCCUUAUUUCUUUAAUGAUAUAAUAAAUUGUAUAAAUAAUAAAUUAGAUAAAGCUGAGCCUAAACAUAUUUCUAGUAUAUUAUACAGCUUAAGUAAUAUAUUAAUUGAAACAAAUGAAAGUAGAAUUUUAAAAAUGAAAGUUAUAGAUGUUGUUAAAAAUAAUAUAAAAAGUUUUAAUUGUCUUAAUGAUGCUAUAUGUUUACUUACCUCACUAUCAAAGCUAAAGUAUAAAGAUAUAUAUGUAUAUUAUGAACUUUCUAAAAAAAUUGAAGAAAAUAUUGAUGAAUUAAAUAUGAAAAAUGUUAGUAAUAUAUUAUGGUCUUUUAGUAAUAUCAAUUAUACCAGUAAAUUAAUAAAAAAUAUGAAAAAAAUAAUUGAAAAAAAUAUAAACAAUAGCAAUUAUAUAGAUAUAAUAAAUAUAAUAUAUUCAUUGGUUAAAUUAAAUGAAUAUGAUGAACACUUAUUUAAUGAAAUUUUUCCAAAUUUUAUUAACGUUUAUAUACACAAUAUGAAUAUGAAGAAUUUAUGUAUGAUUUUAUGGUCCUAUACAUAUGCAAAUAUUGAUAAUCCAGAUUUAUAUAUAAAUAUAUUAACUAAGAUUAAUGAACAUAUAAAAGAGAUUACUACUAAAGAUAUAAUAUCUAUAUUAACAUGUCUAAGCCGAAUUAAAUAUAAUUAUAGAUAUAAAUAUUUAUUUACUCAUUUAAAAAAUAAAAUUAUAAAAAAUUUAUAUUCUUUUACACCUUUACAAUUAACAAAUAUAAUUUAUUAUUCUUCUUUUUUAGAUUUAUAUGAUCAUAAAUAUUAUUAUUUAUUAAUUCAACAGAUUUAUCAAAUUAGAAAAUUAUUAUAUUUAGAAAAUCUAACUAUAAUUUUGUAUGCAUUAAAAAACGUAUCUUAUUUGAAUGUACAUAAUAUUCAUGUUUUUAAUUUAAUAUCUUAUAUUUUUGAUCAAAUAAAAAAAAAAUAUAAAUUAUUGACCGGAGAAGAUUGUCUUAAUAUAAUGCUCAUUAUGAGUGAUUUAGAAAAAUACACAACUCAAGGGUACCUCACUUUUUUUCUUCAUAAUAAUUCUACAAAUAAUUUGGAUAGCAUUCCUAGUGUGAAAAACCAAGAAUGCGAUAUUUUAUUAUCAAACUCAUUUUAUAACAAUAGUAAAACUUAUGAAAACAAUUUAAAUAAAAAUUAUAUUGAUAUAUUUGAAGAAGGAGUAAACUUAGAAGCAUUACACUUUGAUACAGAAGAAAUUUAUUUUCCUCAUAUUAGUGAUUUAUUAUAUGAACAAAUAAAAAUAAGACUUAACAAUUUUUGGCAAUUAAAUAUAAAAGAUGUUAAUAAUUUAUUAAUAAUUAUGAAAAAUGUUAGUACAUAUGACCCUGUAAUAAUAAAUAUGAUAAUGAGACAAAUUAUUCCUAUUUUAUUAAAAUGUUCGAAUAUUGAAUUCUUAAUUUUUUUAAGUAAUAUAACAGCAAAUACUAAUCUUAAGUUCAUUGCUUUAACGCAUAUGUCUAGAAGGCCAAAGCUUUUACAAGUUUUUAAAAAAAAAAUUAAUUCCAUAACAAGUACUAUAUUGAACAAUUAUGAAGAAGCUGAUUAUUCAUAUCAAAAUGAAUUUAAUAUGACUAUAUCAAAUGUUUUAGAGGAAAACAAACGGGAUUUAAUAAAAAAUGGUACGGUAUUUUCAAAUAUUGAGAAAAAACAUGAUGAUGAUAUUGCAUCAUUUAAUGUGGAUACAAAAACAACGAUUAAUGAUAUAUCAAUUACAAAUAAUAUUUCUGAAAAUCCAGAAAAACAAAUCACAAAAAAUGAUAAUAAUAUCGAAAUAAAUGAUAUGUAUAAUAGCUUAAGUAAAAAAAAAAAUUAUGUCGAUUUAAACAGUUGUAUAGCACUUUGUUAUGCAUGUUUUAAUAUACAUUAUGAAGAUGAUAAUAUUUUAAAAAUGUAUGAUGUUAUAGAACAUAUGAUAUCUGAAGAAAAAAAACCGAUUAGUUCUUUUAUGUUGAUCAAUUUUUUAUAUAUACUCGCUUUGACGAAUAAUAAAUUAAAUACAGUUAUAAAGUUAUCACAAGAAUAUAUGAAUAAUAGAUAUGGAUAUAAUAUAGAAAAAAAAUAUAAUAAUUCAAAAUAUAAAACACAAACAAGCUUUAAUUUAAUUUACGAAGAGAGUGAUGGAUUGUCUAAUUAUAUAGAAAUUGGGAACGAACAAACGUCAUUAAUAUUAUUAAAACUAUUAUAUAUAAAUAUUAUACUAAAUAAAUAUAAUUAUUUAUAUCAUAUAUUAUGCGAAAUUUCAAAAUAUAAUGACAAUUUUUAUAACUAUGAAUUUAUUAAAAUAUCAAAACAAGUGUGUUAUCAUAUUUAUAAUUUCUCAAAUUUUUUUUCAAAAAAUAAAAGUAUUGAAUAUACAUGGAAUAAAGUAAUAAAUAAUGUAUAUGUAAAUGAAGAAUAUAUAUUUUUAGAUUUAAAUUAUGAAAAAACAAAUUUUAAUUUUAUUGAUAUAAAAAAAAAUCAUAAUAUUGUUAAUAAGCUUUUAAAUAAUCCUAAAAUAGACCAAAAUAUAGAUAACAAUAUAGCAAUUGCUAAAUAUUUUUAUUACAUUUUAAAUUACAAUAUUAGUGAUAUAAAUAAUGCAACUCCUAUAACUUCAAAAAAGGAUAAAAAAAAAAUCAAAAUGUUUCAUUUUGACAAUGUCAUAUCUGAUAUUCUUAAUUUCCUAAAUGUACAAUACAAAGGAUCAUAUACCUAUGAAAAUAUUUAUCACAUUUCCUGUUCAUUUCCUCAUGAAAGGCAUAUGAUAGAUAUAAUAUUUUACGAAGAUGUUUUAUAUCCUUCGCACAGACCCUUGUUAUCUGUGGAACUAAGACAAAAGCAACUUGCCUUAAAAGGAUGGGCAGUUCAUUCAAUAAAUUUCCGAGACAUGUACAACAGCAUAAAAGAUAAAAAUAUCAUUUGCUAUAUUUUUAAUAUUAUAAAAAAAAUAAAAAAAGAUUUAAAGGAUUUGCCAAAUAAUGUAGAACAAAAGGAGGAAGAAGAAUUUUGGCAAAACUUAAAAUAUGCUAACAUUUGA